AUGAUGUUAACUGGAACUGCGAAAGAUGUGAAGAUAUCAUCCCCGUGUACACCGCCUACUCUGGAGCAGCCAUGCCGCCGCUUUUCAGUUGCUGAGCUCAGUUCAGCAACACAUAACUUUGACAAAAGAUGGUGCAUUGGCCAUGGGGGAUUCGGUAUGGUGUACAAAGGAAUGAUUUCUAAUGGACCAACUAAAAGCAUCUACGUUAUCAAGCGGUUGAAUUUCAUGUCCAAUCAAGGAGCACCCGAAUUUUGGGUCGAAGUCAAGUUGCUUUCAAGACUGCGCCAUUGUAAUCUAGUGCAUUUGAUUGGUUAUUGCAAUGGAGGGAAAGAGAUGGCCCUUGUGUAUGAAUACAUGCAUAAUGGGUCCCUUUUUGAUCAUCUGCACAAGAAAGGUACAAUUCUGACUUGGCCAUAA